UGCAAUGUAAAAUAAGCUAAAUAAACAGGGAAAAAUCGAAACUGUUUCAAUCCAGUGAUAUGGAUCUCCUUUUCGAAUACACAAAGGAUGUGGCUACCGUCCUCUCGUGGGCAUAACUGCAGUCACAGCGAUUGUGCAGAGCGUCAUGCGCACAGAAGAGAACUCAAACAGUAAGGUCCCAUCUGUGGCUCAGUGGAGUCUUCUCGCAGUGGAUGUUUCCACAAUUGUUGUCCUACUUAUGCUGAUGACAGCUGUAAUUAACGGUUAAUACAGCUUACCUUUUUCCUGUUAAAGACAAAAAAUAUAAGCGGGUUUACCACUGACAUGGAUAACUGUUUUGCGCUUUUUGGAAUUGUAAAAUGGAAUUAUUUUACAACAGCAAACUGCUGUCGGUGGAAUAGUAGCUUGUUAUGCCUCAUGAACAGCAUUUAAAGACAUUUAGAUAUUAAUGUUAACAUACUAUAGCUGUCGCUGUUUCCGUCGGAAUCAACUUUUUGGAAAAUAUUUUCUUUAUGGAGGCUCAUAAUGACCUAUUCUAACUCUACGAAUGCGCACUAUGAUGGAUUUAACCUAAGCGAUGUUGUUAACCUGUCUCAGCCUAGAAACACCAGCAACAAUACCUGCACUAGCCUCAUACUGGAUUCUCAAGCAAUCGGAGUUGGGGUACUUCUUUCUGUUUUUAUUUUGUUUGCCAUAGCUGGAAAUGUUUUGGUUAUCCUCUCCGUGCUGUGCAACAGACACCUGCAGACCGUUACAAACUUCUUCAUCAUUAACUUGGCUAUAGCCGAUUUACUUCUGAGCAUCGUCGUUCUGCCCUUCUCGGCAUGUUUCGAAAUUCUAAAAUGCUGGAUUUUUGGCAGGUUUUUCUGCAACAUUUGGGCAGCAGUGGACGUGAUGUGCUGCACUGCUUCUAUCCUAAGCCUCUGCGUAAUCUCCAUAGACCGGUACAUUGGUGUCAAAUAUUCCCUUAAAUACCCAACUAUAAUGACUGAGAAGAAAGCGGGAGUAAUUCUGGUGGUGGUCUGGGUGUCCGCUAUGGUGAUCUCAAUAGGUCCACUUUUAGGAUGGAAGGAACCACCGCCGACGGAUGAAAGUAUCUGCCUUAUCACCGAAGAACCGGGUUAUGCCCUCUUCUCCUCCUUAUUUUCUUUCUAUCUCCCGCUCACGGUCAUUUUAGUAAUGUAUUUUAGGAUCUAUAUUGUGGCCAGAAGGACGACCGAGAGUCUUGAAGCCGGUGUAAAGAAGGACAGGAACAAGUCCAAGGAAGUAAUACUUCGAAUUCACUGCAGAAGUGUGCUGGAAGACGCCGCUGCCAGCGCGAAAAGUAAAGCCCAUCCUUUCAGGAGUUCUCUGUCUGUUCGUUUGAUGAAGUUCUCGAGGGAAAAGAGAGCCGCCAAAACCCUGGGUAUUGUUGUGGGAGUUUUCAUCCUCUGCUGGCUACCUUUCUUCUUGGUUUUACCUCUAGGGUCCUUCUUUCCGGCUCUGAAACCCUCAGAGGUGGUCUUCAAAGUGAUCUUUUGGCUGGGCUACUUCAACAGCUGCGUGAACCCCAUCAUCUACCCCUGCUCCAGCAAGGAGUUCAAGCGAGCCUUCAUCCGCCUGCUCAGGUGCCAGUGUCGCCGCGGGUGGAGUUCCCACUGGAGGUUCUACGACCAGAGGCUGAGAACCUCGCUGGGUUCCUCCAGGGAGGACUCCUUAGCGAGCCGCAAGGCCCGCUGCUCCUUCCGCGAGUCGCUGUCCUUCACCGACUCCUUCCUCUGCACGGAGAGGACGCCGCCGGGCGGCCGGCGGUGGAGCUUCUUCUCGCCGCUCUGCACCUCCCCGUCCCGGCUGAAGAAGAAGAUGAACGCUCUCUCCGGCAGGAUGAAGGGCGGGUCGAGCAGAAGGCCGGCCCCCGCCCCCGGGAAGGCAGACGUGAUCUCCGUCUCCAUGGGGAUCUGCAGCGACUGCGCCCACCAUUACGGCUGUGAUCAGUACAACACUGUGGACUAUGAUGGUCUCAAAGAGACCGACAUUUAGAAGGGGGAAGAAUUUCAGCUCAGACU